GUGAUGGACUACGCUGCGAUCCACGGCCGAGACGUCUCGAGCUUUGACCUCCCAUCGACCCACCGCCUGCCCACCGUAUCGGCGGCACAGGCAUUGCAAGAGUUCCAGGACAAGGAGCGGAAUUCCGUUUCCACUGGCCUCGCGACGCUCGAUGCCUUGUUGGUCUCGGGCCUUGACGAUGGCGGGCCCGGCGGCAUCCAGAAGGGCCAUGUGACCGAGAUCUGGGGCCCGCCCGGGGUUGGGAAAACGGCACUUGGAAUUCAGCUCGCCGCCAACUGCCUACGUGAUGGCCGGGGAGUUGUGUGGGUAGAUGGCUUUCAUCGCGUCUCGAGCGAGCGCCUGCGCGCCGUUGUCGGGGCUGCCGGCGAGGACGGCGCCGUCGACCGCUUAGACGCCUUCGCCCAUUACGCAUGCCCCAGUCUUCCGCACUUAAUCGCUCUCUUGUGCCGGCCAACAGCAUCUUGCGUCCCCCAAACGGUAUCUCUCGUCGUUGUGGAUUCGCUGUCCGCCCUCGUAAACCACGCAUAUCCAAAGACACCUGAGCCUCGCGGCGCGGCAGAUGCCAAGGGCAAGAAAGGCCCAUCGGUCUCGGCCCGAAGGCUUCAGGUGCUCCAGUAUGUGAUUGGGGGGUUUCAAAAGCUCGCCGCCACUCGAGAUCUGGCCAUUGUUGUCCUCUCCCAGUGUGCUACCAAGAUGCAGGCAGAGCGCGGCGCUACCAUCAUUCCCGCGAUCAACACAGGUGUUUGGGAACAGGGGUUCUCGACCAGACUCGUCUUGUUCCGUGACUGGAUCCAGGACGCAUCGGAAUCCCGCAGUGUGCAUUUUGUGGGGAUUCAGAAGCUUAACGGGAAGGCGAGUGCCGCCACCGUUGACGGAGCCUGCGCCUUCAACAUUGGGCCAAGCGGCUUGGUCUCUGUGGACUGCGAUAGCUCAGAACGAUCCCAGGUCCUGACAGCUACGCCGGCCCCAAAGCGAAAGCUGGGCGACACCAACUUUGAGAUCGCCGAUAGCGACGAUGAAGAGUAUGGGUGGGAGGAAGACGAGGAUGCGGUUCCCGUUAUGCCUUCACAGUGGCAGGGAAGCGAAGACAUCUUGCUCGGCAGGCUUCCCGACAGUGACGAAGAAACACUCCAUGUUGACGACGAUCUGAUUGACACGCGCGACAACGAGAAGCCGGAAUCAGAUGACAAGGAAUCCAACGAUGGCAACCCGGUCGAGUCCGAAUGAGUGCUCAUUUUCAAUCAUCACGCUGAGUUGCAUCCGAAGGCCCCCUUGAAGCAUCGGACCCGCCCCUUGAAAAGCCUCCGCCCCGGAGUACGGGGCUACGCCCGGAACCCCCCACGCAACUGUCAUGACAAAUCCGGCUCGCCUCCUCAAUAUCUCCACACCACACAUGAUCGGGCAAACUCGGCCUCAUCUGCCGGUCGAGAAAGUGUCGGUCUACGCUACGGGCGUCUACAUGGUGCCAUUUCAGUCGUUCGACGACAAUCAAUCGGGGCUCACUAAGCUGCUCGUAUAGUCAAUCUACAGGCUCACGCCCACCCAAGUCUGGAAUACUGCGAGGCAGUUAUUGCCCUUCU